CACAAGUCGAGCAUCAUCAUGGUGGAGCAGGGCAAGGAAGACGCUACCGAAUUUCAUCCGGCGCCAGAGUGGCUAGAUGAAACCUACUUGGAGCGACUGCUCCGGGAUUUGAAGAAUGAUCCGGGACUGAGGAUCACCGAUUUGGUGAUCAAGCCCGCCACUGCCAAGGGUGACAAUUAUGCUAGUGUGAUGACACGCGUGCGGAUUUUGUUCUUGAAAAGUGGCGCCAAAAGCCCCGAGACUGAAUACUAUAUUGUGAAGACCACCUAUGAGAACGAUGCCUUCGCCUCUGGAAUAUUUUCCCAGUACCAGGUUAGCACCACGGAAAUGCGUAUGUACGAGAAGAUCCUGCCCCAAUUGAGCUCGCUCAUCGAGAAGACUCGCCAGCCGGAAAAGGUUUUCGCCAAGACAUUGCAUGUGGACUACGAGCACGAGGCCAUCAUCUUUGAGGACCUUGCGGUGACGAAAUAUGUCCUGGCCGAUCGUCUGGUUGGUUUCGAUCUGGAGCACACCCGCUUGGGACUCCGAAAGCUGGCCAAGAUGCAUGCGGCCGCUGCUGUUCUGAACGAACGUCAACCCGGAUUGCUGACCAAGUUCGAUCACGGCAUCUUCAAUCGCCACACCCAGGCCUUUGCACCCUUCUUUGUGAAUACGGUGGGCGUGGCGGCUGACUUUGCCAGGGAGUGUCCCGAAUUGGGUGAGCGGUAUGCUACCAAAUUGAAGAAGCUGCAGGAACGUGUAAUGGAGUACUCCACAAGAGUUUACGAUCCCCAACCGGGAGAUUUUAAUACAUUGGUGCACGGUGACUACUGGGUGAACAAUGUGAUGUUGCGCUACGGCGAAAAUAAGGAGCCACUGGACAUGACUCUCAUCGACUUCCAAUUCUGCAGUUGGUCCUCGCCGGCGGUGGAUCUGCACUACUUCUUCAACACUUCGGUGCAGGUCGAUAUUCGCUACGAACAGCAGGAUGCCCUGUUUCAGUAUUAUCACACGGUGCUCGUGGAAACGCUUAAGGAUCUCAACUUUGGUGGCUACAUUCCCACAUUGAGGCAGUUCGUCCUGCAGCUCGAAAGGGGCAGAUUCUUUGCUGUCACAGUCGCUCUGGUCUGCCAGGCCAUAUUGACCAAUGACCAAAACGCCGAUGCCGACUUUAAUGCUUUGAUGAAGGAUGACGAACGAGGCCGUAACUUCCGGAAGGUAUUGUACACCAACAAGAGGUUGCAGGACAAUCUCAAACGCGAGCUGCCACGCUUCGAUCGGAGUGGUCUACUAGACGUAAUUGACUGAAUGGAAGCCAUCAUAUACUACGAGUAUUUGAUAAAAAAUAAAAACAAAUUUUAUUUUGAAGUUAAAACCAU